UGAUAACUUAGCAUUAACGUUCACGUGGGUAAUCUAGGCUGUGUCUUUGUGCUAUCUUAAAGACAUAAGGCGCCUUGAAGGCCCUCAAGAUCUUCUAGGGGUUCUCCUCGCUAUAGCACAGAUUCAGCCUCUCAGUUUAACGGCCUUUCUUUCAUGGUUGGCAUCAUGAAUACCCGACAGGUUAUUGAUGAAUCUGUGGGACCUUUCUCCCUCUCUGCAGCUUUCAAUAAUGACAACUGCUGCUUUUCCGUUGGACUGGAUACCGGAUUCUGUGUCUUUACUGCUGACCCUUGUGAGCUAAAGGUGUCGAGAGACUUUAAUGCGGGCAUCGGUGUCGUGGUAAUGCUCGGUCAGUCAAACUACCUAGCCCUCGUCGGUGGAGGAAGACAACCCAAAUUCCCGCAGAACAAGCUGGUUAUCUGGGAUGAUGCAAAACAGAAAGCUGUUAUUACUCUCGAGUUCCGCACCUCUGUACUGGGUGUCCGCUUAUCAAAGUCACGAAUUGUCGUCGCCUUGUUGAACAGUAUCCACACCUUUGCAUUCUCGAACCCCCCACAGAAACUUUCUGUCUUCGAGACAACAGAUAACCCCAUGGGACUGGCAUGCUUGGGACAAAAGCUGCUGGCUUUCCCAGGCCGAUCUCCCGGGCAAGUUCAAUUAGUUGAGCUAGAGACAGGGAAUGUCAGCAUCAUACCUGCACAUAGCUCGCCAUUACGCGCUAUGGCACUAAGUCCAGAUGGAGAGGUUCUGGCAACAGCGAGUGAAAUGGGGACUUUGGUGCGGGUGUUCUCCACCAGCAACUGCGCGAAGAUGGCUGAACUACGGCGGGGGGUCGAUCAGGCAGUGAUCUUCUCUCUCGCCAUCUCGCCUUCGAACAAUCUAUUAGCCGUAACAUCUGACAAGUCUACUCUACAUAUAUUUGACCUCCCUCACCCACGAAACCCACCCCAUCGCAACCCGGUAGCAUCUCCAUUAGAAGAAGAAACAAACCAGAAAUGGGGCAUUCUAGGGAAAAUCCCGUUGCUACCAAGAGUGUUCUCAGAUGUUUAUUCAUUUGCAAGUGCUCCGUUUGAGGUGGGUGACGAAUCAGCCCCAGGCUCUCAGCUUGCACCACCCCUUGGAAGCUCGUUUGGAAGGCCUCUUAAAGGUAUAAUUGGAUGGCCUGACGACCAAACGAUCCUUGUUCUUGGAUCAGGCAGGGAUGGGCGUUGGGAGAAGUUCGUCCUCCGUGAAGGCGGCGAUGGAAAGCGCUACUGUAUGAGGGAAGGUUGGAAAAGAUACCUAGGAGGCGGUUGAAGUGAGUGAGGGGUCUCCGCCACAUUGUGCGGAGAUGAGGUCUAGCAUUAACAGUACUACCUAUGCGCGUUUUGUUAGGAUACUCAUGUUCUUUUCAUUACAAGCAAUUGACCGCUUGUUUGACAAGCGCUGUGUCGAAAGUUGCAGAAUGAAACCAUCUGCCAUAUGCAGAAAGAACCUGCUGGGUUUCAUUCUG